AUGCUUAAUACAUUGAUUCUCAUAAUCAAUGCUUUUAUUAUAACAUUUCUUUUUUGCCCUGUGUGGAUAAAGUGGUUGAUACGGUUGCAUAAGAAAGUCCUUGCUCUCCAGUAUUCAUAUGUUCCAUUUUCCCUUUACAAUAUGGAAUUAAGAUAUUAAUACAAAAAGCACAUAAUAGUUACUGUAAGCAUAGCGCGGAUACAGAUAGCAAGAGUUCCAAAUUAAUGGAGAUUCAAUGUGAAUAUCAUCGAUUUGAAUAUAAGGUUCAUUCCGAACUAAGCAAUCAAAAUAGGCUUUUAAUUUGAGGAGUAGUUGUAUAUGGAAAGACUGAAAUCCAAAUUCCUGCCUUAUUCUUAAGAAAAAAUACAACAUCGUAAAAAUAAACAAAUACCAUUCUUUACCUUAUUAUUGGAAUCCUCAGCCAUCAAUUGUUUUUUUCUAACGCUUUCUCGCCUAAAUAUUCAUUUCAAUGUAAUCAAUGUCACUUUGCCCAAACUCAAUUCUAAAGAAAAGGAUCUACCAGAAAUUGUUGUAAAGUUAGGCUAAACAUCAGUACAUUCUCAUUUGAAUUAGAAUGGCCAUUUACAAUGGAAGCUCACUAGCGAAGGUGCUAAGAUGGAAUAAUGCUUGACUAUCAAUGCUAUUAAUAUGAAUGCGAUCACUAAGCCUGGAUUGAUAAUAGAUCUAUUGCAAGAACACAGCUCAAUAGAGAUUGACAUUUAGGAGGUGCGAUGGUGUUGCAAAAGUGAAUAUUUCUACACUAUGGAUGUGUUGGCAAAUGAAUUUUGGGCUAGACCUGACAUUAAUAGAAUUCUUAAGAGACAUUUCAAUGAGAAAGGAUUUAAAUUUUUAGGGAAACCAAGAGAAGUUAAACUUAAUUUUGCCAUAUUUAGAAUAGAAUUUAGUAUCUUCAAUGAUAGUGACACUGAUAAGAAACAUUCUUUUAAUAUCUUAACUCAAAAGUUUUAUAAAUAUACUCAAAAUAAGCUUGUGUUUGAAUGGCAACAAUUGAAGUAUCAUGGGUUAUAUGAUAUAGUUGAGACAGAUCAAACUAAGAAAGGAAUGAUAGUAUGCAAAUAGUUCACUGUGAAUACUCUACAGGAAGAUGUUAGAUUCUAAGAUAUCACAUGGAAUAUUGACACUAUAUCCAGCUUAACCGUUCAUUCUAAUGAUAAUACAAAACAUUAUAUCAGAUAUGGGGAUCUAAUCAUUAAUUUGUCUCCACAAUUGAUUAAAUUUUUCACACUUAUUUAAACUGAAUUAGCAUCAGAAUUUCGAGUUGCAUUUAUUGAAAAUUAUGAAUAAAGCAAAUACUUUAAAAAAUAUAAUCGCAUUGCUAAGCAGAUGUGUUGUGAAUUCUUGAAUGUUGAUCUCAACAGUGCAUUAAGCAAUUCAUAUGAUUUUUUAGUUACUAAUAAAUUUUAAAUUAAUUUAAUCUAUGAUGGUGCAAUUAUUAAUUCAAUCACUAUUAAUAAAUUUCAUUAUAUUUCAAACGAAGGAGAUCUGAAUGAAUCUAAAACUUAAUUUGACAACUGUCAAAUCACUAGCAAUAUUAGUUAGACGGAUGGUUUAAUCAAAGAUUUAAACAUGCACACAAAUCCUAAGGUAGUCAAUUACACAUUUAACACAUUUGAAUUAUUAGUAGAACAGAUAAACAUAGAGAAGGUAUUAAGAAUAUAUUAAUUAUAAAAAGUAUUUCGGUAAUAAUUAUAAAAAUUUACAUCUUUCAAAUUGACACCUUUAGAAAAGAAAAAAUCUAAAGCCAAUAAACCAAUAAUCAAAGAGAAAAUUAUAAAUUGCAAGAAUGUCAAGCUCUAAUAUUUAUCUACUCCUUUCUUGGCAGAGAUUGAUCUGUCAGAGAUCAAUACAAAAGAUCCUAAUAAUAUCAAUUUAAAUCAAUUUUCCAUUAAAUUUUAAAAUUCAUGCUUGUUUACAAUAGAUUAAAUUUAAACUAAAAAUAGUUCUGAAUUGAUGUAAAUCAAUAUUAAAUCUGCGAUAAUCAAUUUUGAAGAAGAUGUUAGGGACAUUAAUGUAUUUGUGUUAGGUAUUAAAUAAAUGAAUUCCAUUGUCUCAAGAAAAUAGAUAUUUGAUAUUAAUCAAGAAGAUAUUGAUACUUCUUAAUUAAAGAAAAGAAGAUCCUCUCACGAUGGUGUCCUUAAGAACAUAUCCAAUGAUUUAGAUCAAACAACAAAAAUUAGAUCAAUCUUUGGCAAAAAUACAAAUCUUAGUAUCUUUAAUUUCGAAGUUUUUGUUCAGGAUACCAAAUUAAAUGAUGCAUUAUGUAGAUACAGAAGAUUUUAAGAAAAGUUUGAAACAGUUAAAAGUAGGUAAAAUGAAAGUAGAGUAUUGGAAGGUUUAAAAACAUAACAAUCAUAUCCUUUAUUGCAUAUGAAAUUUUAGAAUCUCAAUCUAAAAUUAAAGAAAUUAAACUUAACAGUCAAUUAAGUACUUGAUAAGAUAACAAAAUUAGAUUCUCACCCUACUUAGUUAGAUGAGUCAUUCUUUGAAUAUUUUGAGUUGGCCAAUUGCGAAAUUUAAUUAGAAUAAAUUAAAAUAUCUAUUAGAGAUUAUAAGCUAUCUUUACUAGAUUUGAGAGGCAUGAAAUUGAAUACUUUUCUAUGUCUUUCAAGAUUGAACACUUAGAAUAUUUAGAUAGGGUUUAGAAUAUUCUAUGAUUUAGGUUUAGAAAUCAAGUAAUUGCAAAUAACAGCAGGGUUAAACUUGGUGUUUGCUUUUAGGGAAAUCUCUAAUAGAAUUAAUCAAAUUAUGGGUUAAAGUGUAAAUUAACAAUAAAAUAAAAUUAUAAUUAAAGAGUAAUUAUCCUUUUGGGAUAGAUUCAGAUUGAAGUUCCAUGGCAAAUUGCACUUUCAAUUAGAACACUUAGUUUUCUAAAUAACUACGGAUAUAUUGCCUUAUUCAAUUGAUUGCAUUAAGUUUUCAUCUAAAUUAAUAAACAUUGAGUUUUUAAAUUGGACAGUAAAAGGAUAAGCAGACAAACUGAAAUUGAGUAGAAUUCCAAAAAUCUAAAAAGUUCUCUAUAUUCCAAGAAUCUAGAUGGUAACCGAGUUCAAUUGGUUUGCAUUGAAGGAUUAAUACGAUCAUUACUUUUAUAUGAGAAAACCAUACUUCAAUUAAAUAAAUUAUAGCUUAACUGACUUCAUCAGUCAAUAAUUGCAAAUCGAAAUUAAAUUUGAUUGCAUUUAAUAUGAACAUUACAAAGAGUCCAAUUUUAGAGAUCAAUAGAACUAUUGUUUCUUUAUUCACUAUUAAAACUAAUUUAUGAGAUGGUUGAAGAAUAGACCGAUAUUGAGACAUGAUAUCUUGAGAAUGUUUUAGGUCAAGAUCAAUAAGUUCCCAUAAGUAAUGGACAAUAAGAUAUAUGAGAUGGAAUGGAAUACGUAUGCUGACUACAAAACAUUGGUCAAUUACACUUACAUGAAAUUGAUGGAAUCACUCAUGAUUAAAUAAUCAUUAUUUUAACAUACGAAGAAGAUCAACAUAAGAGUGUAUUCAAAUAAAUUUAGAAUGUUCUUUACAAACUCAGAAAAACCAGUAUCACAUAGUGAGACCUUCCUGAAACACAAAGAUGUUCCAUUCAUUGGAUUUUAAACACUAUUUUAAUCAUUAAAAGUGAAUGUACAAUUAGAGCCUAAUCAUAAAGCUAAUGGAUGGAAAUUCGAAGUGCAAUCUAUAGCUGCUAAAUGUGAUUAGUUGGUAUCUUCAAUGUUUGAUGGGAAACAGAUGUUAGAGAUGGAAUAACCAGAACCUUUGAGUCAACAAGAGCAAUUUGUUAAUUUCUUUGAUAUUCAACCAGUAGAUUAUUAUUAAAGUGAAUUAAAUUAAUCAUAGAAUCUAUAAAACAUGACUUUUCAUGAACUAAAAAAAUUGAAGAGAUUCCUUAAGUAGCCUUUCAUUAUUAAUACUACACUCACUCCUUAGUAUCAUCUAUUUAAUUUAUAAACUGAUCAAUCAUAUUUGGAUGAUUCACUGGAAGAUCUUAAAGUUAGAGGUAGAACAUCAGGUAUUCAAAUUAAACCAUAACAAUAAAAUGAAUUCAAUGCUUUUGACAUCUUCUUAAAGGCUUAAUAAUUAGAGUAUAAAUAGAACCAAAAAAUAACUUUGUAGGUUGAAGAUGAAGAGAACAAUGUUAAUACGGGGAUGACAGAGAAAAUAAUAAAGAAUUUCAUUUCUGCCUUGGAUAGUCAAUUACUAUUUACAUUUUACUUAUAAGAAAUUUGGAGCAACGUUUUUGAAAGUCUUGAAAUUCCUUAGAAUAAAUAGACCAAAUAAAAUUUUGAUGCGUAAAUGGAAUAAACAAAACCUAAAUCUUAUUGUAGAGAAGAAUUAAAAUUAAUGGUCUCUUUGGUCAAUCCUUAAUUCAAUUUCUAAUAUCAUUAUGCUAAUUGUUAAAUGAUCUUAACAUCACCAAAAGAUUGUUAGAUUAUAAUAUCAGAGUAUAUUCUACCAUUUGAUACCCAAGAAAUUGAUAAAAAACUGGUUACAAAAUUGAUAUUCAAUGGAUUAGAUUGCUAAGUAUUACAAAAACAUUUGGAUGCCAAAUAGACUGUAAGAUUUACUAGUCAAGAUUAUGAAAAGAUUAUUAAAUGUGAUUAUGCUCUAUUUUAGAUCUAAAGUUAUCAGCGAAGAGAAAAUGAAAGGGAUUUCACUGAGAUAUAGUCAUAAAAAUGUGAUAAACACAACCCUAAUUAUUGGAAUCAAGAAUUAAGGAGACCAAUUGUGUAAGUAAAAGUUGGAUAAUUGAAUGCAACUAUGAAAAAAUAUUAAUUAGAUUAAUUCUUAGACAUGUUAACUUUCUUGGAAAUGGCAGUCACUACAAAAAAUGAAUUUGAAAACAAAGAGAGAUUCUAUAGAAAUAAAUUGAAAGAAUUAAAUUAAUAUGGCAUAAAAUAAAUUGAUCAAUUGAUAAAGAAGAAAAUAUCAGAAAAUCUUGAACAUUAUGGAAAUGAAAAAUCAAAAUUAGAUUAUGCCAUCAAAGAAACAAGUCUAUCAUUAUUGGAUGAAUAAGAAGUUAGUUUUAUUUUAUUCAAUAUUAGAUAAAUUAGAAUCAUUGAAACUCUAUUUGAGAAUGAUAGUCACAAAAUUGAUAUUCUACUCUAGGAUUUAGAUGCAAUUAAUAAAAUAGAAUAAGAUCCUGACUAUAGAAUGGUAUUAAGUCAGUAGAUCAAAGAAUCUAAACAACAACCCUUCUUUAGAAUGAUCAAAAAGUUCUAUCCACUUUAGAUUUACCAAUAAAAAUGGUUUGUUAUUGAUCAACACGAUAUCAAGAUGAAUCCAUUAACAAUUAUUUUGACAGAUGAAUUGUAUGAUCAAUUCUAUAAUUACUUCUUUGGUGAUGAAUCUACACAAAGGAAUAAUAGAUUGAGCAUUGAAAAGAAGGAAUAAAUGAAAAGUAAAUAUAAACUAAUAAUCUAAUAGCGGCUAUGGAAAAUAUAUCUAAAUAAAUACCUGAUUAUUUUAAUUCAUUACAAGUAAGCGAACUUAAGUUAGUGGCCACUUUCAAACAUCCUUCUAAAAUUAAGAGAUUCAAAGAUGUUACUAUUCAAUUAGAACCAUAUAGAUCUCCUAAAUAGUUUUCGACAACAAAAGAAGUAUGAUAUUUCAAUUUAUUAAUAGCAAUUUGAUGAAUUUGCAUCUUUUGUUCUUAAACAAAUUUCUACAUAGAUAUUCUCUAUUAUCGGAUAGAAGCUUUUUGGAUGA